AUGAAGGGCUCACUCUUGCUUGCCGGUGCGACCCUGCUCGGCUGUACCUCUGCGAAGCUCCACAGCCUGAAGCUCAAGAAGGUCUCCCUCAAGGAACAGCUUGAGCAUGCCGACAUUGACGUCCAGAUCAAGUCUCUUGGUCAGAAGUACAUGGGAAUCCGCCCAGGACAGCAUGAGCAGCAGAUGUUCAAGGAACAGACUCCCAUCGAAGCUGAAUCUGGACACAAUGUUCUCAUCGACAACUUCCUCAACGCACAGUACUUCUCGGAAAUCUCCAUCGGAACUCCUCCACAGACCUUCAAGGUCGUUCUUGAUACCGGAAGCUCCAACCUUUGGGUCCCAGGCAAGGACUGCUCGUCCAUAGCUUGCUUCCUUCACAGCACCUAUGACUCCUCUGCCUCGUCCACCUUCACCAGGAACGGCACGAGUUUCGCCAUCCGCUACGGCUCUGGCAGCCUAGAGGGUUUCGUUUCUCAGGACAACGUCCAAAUCGGCGAUAUGAAGAUCAAAAACCAGCUCUUUGCUGAGGCUACCAGCGAGCCAGGCCUUGCUUUCGCAUUUGGCCGCUUCGACGGUAUCCUUGGCAUGGGCUAUGACACCAUCUCAGUCAACAAGAUCACUCCUCCAUUCUACAAGAUGGUUGAGCAGGGUCUAGUUGACGAGCCUGUGUUUAGCUUCUACUUGGGCGACACCAACAAGGAUGGUGACCAGUCCGUCGUUACCUUUGGAGGUGCCGAUAAGAGCCACUACACCGGUGACAUCACCACUAUCCCACUCCGUCGCAAGGCCUACUGGGAGGUUGAGUUUAACGCCAUCACCCUCGGCAAGGACACAGCUACUCUUGACAACACUGGAAUUAUCCUUGACACCGGCACUUCCCUCAUUGCCCUGCCAACUACUUAUGCUGAGAUGAUUAUUUCAAAAUCCUGGAACGGUCAGUACACCAUCGACUGUGCCAAGCGGGAUUCUCUACCCGACCUCACCUUCACCCUAAGUGGCCACAACUUCACCAUCGGACCUUACGACUACACUUUGGAAGUGUCUGGCACCUGCAUCAGUAGUUUCAUGGGAAUGGACUUCCCUGAGCCUGUCGGACCCCUUGCUAUCCUCGGUGACUCGUUCUUGAGACGCUGGUACUCUGUCUACGACCUGGGCAAGGGCACCGUUGGCCUAGCCAAGGCCAAGUAA